ACAGCACAUUGGCGAGCGCUGCCUUCACUGCUGCCUCAUUCUUUGAGAUUGAUGAUUUGCUGUCAGCCGCCAUAUCCUUCCGAAGCUGCAUCGCCUCAGCAGCAGUCUGUUGUUCUGAAAAGUUAAAAUCAACAGGAAAGAAUGGCAGAAGAGAUGUCAACACCAUCUAGUAGCCGGAAGAAAGCAAAAAGACUGCCAUUUGAAAUCCAAGAAGAAAUCAAUUGCCUGUACGAGUUUGUCCCGGAGGUUAAAGAACACUUUGAAGUUAUCGACAAAAUUGGAGAAGGUACCUUCAGUUCUGUGUUUCUGGCCCGCCUAAAGCACUACCCUGACAUCCCCCAGAUGUUUGCCUUGAAGCACAUCAUCCCCACCAGCCAUCCCAGCCGUAUAGAGGGGGAGCUCAAGUGUCUGCUGGAGAUCGGUGGAUGUGACAAUGUCAUCGGAGUGGAGCUGUGUCUACGAAACAGAGACCAUGUCGUCAUAGUGAUGCAGUACUUCCCUCACGAAAAGUUCCAUGACUACCUGUUACACAUGUCUCUGACCGAUGUGUACAACUACAUGAAGCACCUGCUGGUCGCCCUGCGGCGCGUGCACAUGUUUGAUAUCAUCCACCGGGACGUGAAACCCAGCAACUUCCUCUAUGAUAGGAACACUAAAAGAUAUGCCCUGGUGGAUUUUGGUCUUGCCCACAAGGCACCAGUGUGCAAGGCCUCCUCGUCACCCAAUGCAGCCGGUCCUGUGGACACAAGUGGAAUACUUCAGGAAACUCAGAACUUGAGCGUAGGCUCGUCCAUUUCAACGCCAGUUACCCAGAUGUCUCAAAGCAAACACUCAGCAAGUUCAUCGUCUAGAUCUCAACAGUAUACCCCACCCACUCCUAACUUGAGUAACUCUGUGUUCGCCAAACGGGUGAAGUCCCCACGUCGUCUGCUACUUGCCAAGCGGGCGCUGUUGGUGAAGGAGGGCAAGGAUGAUAUACUGUCUCAGAGAAAGGGGGCCCAGCCUGUGCAGUGCAAUUGCUUCGGGAAGCCACAGAUCUGCUCCGUGUGUUCAGCAAGGAGCAACCAGAAUGCCCCCCGUGCUGGCACCCCUGGAUUCCGGUCCCCAGAAGUGUUGAUGAAGUGUCCAGACCAGUCAACUGCGGUGGAUAUCUGGUCAGCAGGAGUUAUCUUCCUCUCCUUGUUAUCGGGACGGUACCCAUUCUUCAGAGCUAACGACGACAUGACCGCCUUGGCUCAGAUCAUAUCUACCUUCGGUACUGAUUCAGUGAAAGAAGCUGCGAAAGCAUGUGGCAAAAGUCUGAUCUGCAGUCAAACACAAAGUCCUGUGGAUUUUCGGACGCUGUGCAUGAAACUUAGGGCUGCCCCUAUGAGCAAACACCAGACAAAGAAAGGUGUCACGAUGGACCCCCUAUCAGAGCAGUCCUGGAGAUCAGUGCCUGACUCAGCCUUUGACCUACUUUCCAGACUUUUAGAUCUCAACCCUUACACACGAAUUACGGCUGAGGAGGCACUUACGCAUAAGUUUUUCAGCGAAAUGGAAGAGAGAUUGGGAAGUGUAUUAUGUUGAUGAACCAAUGUGUUGUUAACCUAUAAGCAAUGUUCAUAUGUGGGUCAGUAUUGAAAUAAAAUGCAAGUACUCUGAGACACUUUAAAAAAAUAGGGAAAAAAGCGUGAACUAAUGAAUGAAUUUAAAUGUUUGUAACAAUUAUAUUGCAAUUGAUACAUGCACACCUUAAUGUUUUUAAUGACCAUCGUAUUAACAUGGUUUGUUGUUUAAAACAUCUGCAUGUGUGUACUUAAUGCAGGUAAAAAAAACAGUAUCUAUUGUUGCGUCCAAUUUAUAUUUAAGUGCCCAUUUCUUCAUUGUGCAAAGUUUUGCCUUUGUAAAUUGUUCUAUGUACAGUGGAAUCUGAUUUGUAAAUGUUUUAUUAUGUUGUCAAUGCGAGAAAAUGAAAAUACAUAAAAUAACAGAACUAUUCAAAAUACUGUUUUUAGAC